AUGUCUUUAGUGGAUACCAUUCCUUCGAUAAUUGUUGUAGGAGUUAGUAGCAUAUCAUUAAUUUUACAAACUAUUCACAAUCGAAAAAAGUAUGUUGAAAUACCAUCAGACGAGGUUCCUGAUGAUAUAAUCACCAGUGCACGCUUCUCAACUGUAAAAAGAGAUGUCGUCAAACUUGGGAUUACGAUACUGCAGGCUGGAUUGUUUACUUUCUUGUUCUGUUGGAGAUUUAACCUUGAAAAUAAUGUAAUUUAUGAUGCUAUAAAUACUGGAAUUCUUGCAAUUUGUUGG